CACCUACUUGGUACCGGCUGGCUCCCAGACAGCCGUAUAAAAACUGCAAGCGUCGGGUGACGAGCCCAGAAUUGCAGACCAUACAGCUGGGGAGUGCAGACGGGUUUAUUUCUCUGUGGUCACGCGAGCAUUAGUAAAGAAGUCUCUGGUUUUCAAAAUGGCGUUCAUCAUUGCGUCAAAAUGUGGAUGCGUGCCAGUGUUGGUGUUUUUCACGUGCUGGCUCUGGAUAGCGCAUGCGCACAACGCGAACGGCGUGCUAUCAUCGGACUACUCUGAUUCCAUGCACUCCUCCUCCUCCGAUGACUACGACGGGAUAAUCGUAGAACCUUCGGAUGUCUAUGACGUCAUAAUGACGUCAUCUGAUCUGUCCUCUACUUCAUCGGACACGUCAUCAUCGGUCGACGAGCCGACAGAUCCUGUCGAUACGUCAUACGUCCCGUCUGAUUCCGCGGGCGAGUCGUCUGCAGCGAGCAGUUUGUUAUCAGCGGACGUUAUAAUUUGCCCGUCAGCUACCAUCGAUGAACUGUCCAGCGACGUCAGUAGCAGCAGCGCCUCAUCUUCUUUGUCAUCCGGCAUCGACUUGUCCGAUAACGAGGAACCCUCGGUAGACAAUGAGGAUCCACCCUACGUUCCACCCACUGAUUACGAAUCAUCUAGAACUUCUUCGUCCGAUGUCUAUCCCCAGUCGCUUGAGAAGAAGACCGCCAAGUCUGGCAGUGAAGCCGCCGGGAAACCGAAGCGCGGACCGGCGUCCCUUGACGAUUCAAGCCCGGACAGUAACGGCAAGGGGAAGCCUGGCCGGCCUCCUGCAGUGUUCAACGGUCCACGGAGGGAGGAUGGCACGACUCGCAGAGAGGGACACGGGAAGAGGAUCGUACCGGCCGGAGUCGAAGACGGUACGGACGCGGCGGGUCGAAAGCCCGCCAGGGGCGGCAAACCGGCGCAAGAAAACGGCAAGGGUCCCUCAUCCAAGCGACCCGGUAGACAGUGGGGCGGACCCCCUUCCAUACAGCGUCGCAAGGAGCUGAGAGAAGCUGACACAAAAUACUUGGACAUGUACCUGUGCGGGCAGUUUUUCACCGAGACUGCUGCUGAUUUUGCCGUGGUCAGUUUCAACUACGCCGGGCGCACCCAGCCGUUUUCCCCGUGCUCGGAGCUGGGCUCCACAUCAGACACGAUCAACUACAUCUACCGUGCGGCGAGUGGAGACAGGAGCGCCCUCCAGCAGGUUUUGGACGAUCUGCCGGCAACGUGGGAGAGAUACAUCGCAGAGAAGGGCGCUGCUCCGCGAAUUGUGCACGUUUUCACCGUCAACAUGCCGGCAUCCCGGGCUGACGUCUCUAGCCUCAUUGGGCUCCGUCACUCUGAUAUGACAGGACCAGCUCGCUUCGUCCUCGGCUACUUGAACCAGCCAACGUCUAGUGAGACACACUCGGCCCGGGAGUUUCUGGACAUGCUGGGUGAGCUGACCGAUGCCCGGAUCGACCCUCUCCGGGUAUGCGGCAGAUGCGCCAAAGUUGCCGGCUACCCUGCGGGUGGUCGAAGGCGCAGGGACAUGUUGUUCGGAAUGUCGGUUGUUUCCGGGGCAUCAACGGAAGUCCAGUGCCUCCCCCUCCAAGAACAUUCUAUCCCAGGCGCAGAUCUCACAACAAACACCUGUGACGGCUUUCAGAAGUCCAUCGUACGGUGCACACUGCGCAGCAUCGAGCGCCGCUGCCGUGGAACCGGUAGCGGCACUGACUCCCCGAGAAUCGAUUCCGAUGAUGAGACAGAUUUGAUCGACUCCACCGUGAUCAGGCUCACCCAGGAAUGUGCUGUAGACAGUGACUGUUGGCGCCGGGUAGGAGAAUCGAUUCGUUUACCUGCUGCACCGAAAUCACAGAAUCGAUGCAACAUGCCCGAGAUAGCAUUGAGCAAGAUACUUGGACGGUGCGCUGCAGCCGCUGCAAGCUUGCCAUUCAAUGUGGAUACAGAGUUAUUAGACCGACAGUCACGGCAUGUAUAAGUAACCAUGCUUUCCAGUUAAAUUUACUGUUUGAUAUUUACUUUUGAAAAUUAAAAAAACUAGUUCAAGACGUUAAAUAGCAAUUAACAGACACAUUUUCAAUUCGAUAUAACAUUUAGUUAUUGAGUUAUUGUCCAAUUUUCCAAACGAAUGUACGUGUUGUUUUUGUUGCAUGAAAAUGAGUUGACUAAUUAUGUUCAAAUUGUUUUGUCGCCUUGAACACAUUACAAUGUUUUGCUUAUAUGAUUUGUAGUGUUUGACAAUUUCUACCAAUUUUCAACAGACUAUAUCACUUACAAUAACUAGACCAAAUUUCAAUUCCGUACAACAGGUAUUUCUUGUGUUUUCAUCUGGAAAACGAGUAUGUUGUUUUUAUUCCAUUUAAAGUCGACAUUAAUUUCGAUUUUAUUUUUCUCGCUGACCCACUAUUGUUUUGGUUGUAUUAAAUCUAUUGUUUGACAUCUGCUUUUGGAAAUUAACAAGCUUGGUUAGAUAAUAACGAACAAUUAACAGGAAAAAAAUCAUUUUAAAAUGAGUAUGCCGGUUUUUUGGGGCCAUGACAAUAUUCCGUGUUGACAACUUUGCAGUGCUUUACGGUGUUAAUGUAGCGCGCCCUCUGUUGAAAGAAAAGUUGUCAUAUGUGUGUGGAUAUUGCCUUCAUACAAAACAGCGGGACAAUAUUUGGUUGUAUUAAAUGUAUUGUUUAAUGAAUUGCAUUUGGAAAUUAGAGAUUUGUUUAAGACAAAACGAGCAAUUAACUAACAAAAUUUUAAUCCACAGACCAUUUAUUUCUUGAGUUACUGUCCACCAAACAAACGUGCUGUUUUGUUGUUCAUGAAAUCAUGGAGGAGGUAGAAUUAGAAAUAUAAGUUGACUAAAUAUGUUCGGAUUGUCCGGAUUGCAUUUUCUGCGUUGAACGCACUGCAUUGUUUUGGUUAUAAUAUUUCAAUUUGUAGUGUUUAACAAUUUCUACCAAUUUCCAACAAACUUGUAUUACAAAUGUACAUAUCACUACCAAAAACUAGACCAAAUUCUAAUUCCACCCAACAAGUAUUUCUUGUUGUAUCGUCUGGCAGACAAGUAUGAUUUUUUUAUUUCAUUAAAGUUGACAUUAGUUUCGAUUUUAUUUUUCUCGCUGACCACACUCUAUUGUUUUGGUUGUGUUAAAUCUAUUAUUUGACAUCUGCUUUUGGAAAUUAACAAGCUUGGUUACAUAAUAACGAAAACAGGAAA